AUGGCUGUUAACCGUAAGGUCGGUGGUUCAAGCCCACCUGGGAGCGGCGUUUUGCUUCAGCUGGACCUGUUGAUGGACGUUUUGUUUUGUAAACGGCAGCAGCACGCGAUGACGACGCGGAUCACGCCGGGGGUGGGCGCGAACCUGAUCGGGCAGCACGCGCAGGAGCGCAACCAAGAUGCCACGGCCUAUGUCGGCAACCUCGACCCGCAGAUGUCGGAGGAGCUUAUCUGGGAGCUCUUCGUGCAGGCGGGGCCCGUCGUCCCAGGUGCGGGACUGGAGCUGCAGUCCCAGGUGCGGGACUGGAGCUGCAGUCCCAGGUGCGGGACUGGAGCUGCAGUCCCAGGUGCGGGACUGGAGCUGCAGUCCCAGGUGCGGGACUGGAGCUGCAGUCCCAGGUGCGGGACUGGAGCUGCAGUCCCAGGUGCGGGACUGGAGCUGCAGUCCCAGGUGCGGGACUGGAGCUGCAGUCCCAGGUGCGGGACUGGAGCUGCAGUCCCAGGUGCGGGACUGGAGCUGCAGUCCCAGGUGCGGGACUGGAGCUGCAGUCCCAGGUGCGGGACUGGAGCUGCAGUCCCAGGUGCGGGACUGGAGCUGCAGUCCCAGGUGCGGGACUGGAGCUGCAGUCCCAGGUGCGGGACUGGAGCUGCAGUCCCAGGUGCGGGACUGGAGCUGCAGUCCCAGGUGCGGGACUGGAGCUGCAGUCCCAGGUGCGGGACUGGAGCUGCAGUCCCAGGUGCGGGACUGGAGCUGCAGUCCCAGGUGCGGGACUGGAGCUGCAGUCCCAGGUGCGGGACUGGAGCUGCAGUCCCAGGUGCGGGACUGGAGCUGCAGUCCAGGUGCGGGACUGGAGCUGCAGUCCCAGGUGCGGGUGGGUGGGGACUGGAGCUGCAGUCCCAGGUGCGGGACUGGAGCUGCAGUCCCAGGUGCGGGACUGGAGCUGCAGUCCCAGGUGCGGGACUGGAGCUGCAGUCCCAGGUGCGGGACUGGAGCUGCAGUCCCAGGUGCGGGACUGGAGCUGCAGUCCCAGGUGCGGGACUGGAGCUGCAGUCCCAGGUGCGGGACUGGAGCUGCAGUCCCAGGUGGCGACUGGGAGCUGCAGUCCCAGGUGCGGGACUGGAGCUGCAGUCCAGUCCCGUGCGGGACUGGAGCUGCAGUCCCAGGUGCGGGACUGGAGCUGCAGUCCCAGGUGCGGGACUGGAGCUGCAGUCCCAGGUGCGGGACUGGAGCUGCAGUCCCAGGUGCGGGACUGGAGCUGCAGUCCCAGGUGCGGGACUGGAGCUGCAGUCCCAGGUGCGGGACUGGAGCUGCAGUCCAGGUGCGGGACUGGAGCUGCAGUCCCAGGUGCGGGACUGGAGCUGCAGUCCCAGGUGCGGGACUGGAGCUGCAGUCCAGGUGCGGGACUGGAGCUGCAGUCCCAGGUGCGGGACUGGAGCUGCAGUCCCAGGUGCGGGACUGGAGCUGCAGUCCCAGGUGCGGGACUGGAGCUGCAGUCCCAGGUGCGGGACUGGAGCUGCAGUCCCAGUCCCAGGUGCGGGACUGGAGCUGCAGUCCCAGGUGCCUCAUGCUUGCACGCACCGCAUCUCCCCGCUCUUUAACUCGUCUUGCCCCCCCGUCCCCCUCGUUCCCCCGUCCCCCCCGUCCGCCCUCCUCCCCCGCGCCCCAGUGAACGUGUAUGUGCCCAAGGACCGAGUGACGGGGCAGCACCAGGGGACUGGCUUGUGGAGUUCCGCUCAGAAGAGGACGCCGAUAU